AUGGCCACUGAAAACGAACCUGAGCUUUUACAAAACUUGGUGGACUCAUUCCACACACUUCUCGACGAAGCUCUCAUUGUGGCUAUAGCAAGCGACUACAACCUCAAGAGUCCAUCUGCUUAUAAACAGGCGCAAGCUACUCUACAAGACUUGGCGAAAAGUGUUCCCUCGGAGGAGGCCUCUGGCUUCAAUCCCAGCGGUAUCCCCCAAGGACCUGAAGGAGAGGCGCAACUUGUUCAAGAUGAGCCGACAGCAACGUCAACGACCAGCGCAAGUCGUCGGACAUCGCAGGCCCACAUCACAGACAAGUCAAGCACAGAUAAUUCAUCAUGUGUGCCAGAUUCGCCGAGUCUUAUGCCUCGGUUGACAACAUUCAACCAAGACAGCGAAGAGGAUAAGCUCCUCUUGUUACAGAGCAUGUUUGCCGAUCUGAAGCAAUUUGACAUUCAGUAUGCGCUAAAAAAGGCCAAUGGGGAAUUUCAGACUGCGCUGGAUGAUCUCCUGAAUGUGCAGUAUUUACAGUCUACCGGUCAACAGAUAAAGGGUAUCGAUGGGUUCUUUGAACUAGAAAAUGGCAGGAGUAAGGGCAGGAAGAAAAAAAAGGGAAAGAAAAAGGUCGCAUCAGAUGCAGAUCAGUCAAGUGAUGGUACAUCAUCUCCUAGCAUUGCCAGCGAAACACAAAGCCAGGAUGAAAUCGAGUACGUAGCUGAGAGAUUCGGCAUUCGAUCCGAUCAAGUAUCCCCCAUCUACUACAAACUCCAGUGCUCCAAAGGCGCUACUGUCGUCGAGCUCCUCAACCAGUACAUCUCCCAUGGCAUCGAAACCCAAGAUGAAAGCGGCAAAGAAAGUGCCGAGCGCCUAGCGCAAAAUUAUCGGCACGUCCCUGAAAAGUACAUGCCUACCAUUGUCCAUGUUGCCGGAUCUAUUCCCCAGUUCGCAGACGACAUCGCCGCUCUUCUCAACAAGUAUUUCUCAAGGCAACCCAAAGCCAAAAAGAUGGAUCUUUCGUAUCGCCUCACGCCCCUCCCGCAGGAGGACAUCGAAGGCGGAGAUGUGAUAGUUUCCCCUCGUCCGGGCGCCAAGCCGGCAGUUGGACUGGUUGCAAAGCCAUCGCCCAUAAGUGAUAUGAACUAUGAAGAAGCCAUGAGCCGAGCAAACACGUUUCACCAGGCGCGCCGCGAUGCCGCAGCGUCUGCGGCGCAAAUGCAUCGCCGGGGUGCAUCUAGUCCGCUUUUCAGACAGGCAGCCAGCUAUUACUCCGACCGGGCUCGGGAACAGGGCCGAUACGCCCAGAGUGCCACAUCCACAGCUGCCGAUAUUCUCGUUGACCAACGAAGCACGGCUUCCUCCAUCGACCUACACGGUGUUUUAGUACAAGAUGGAGUGAGAAUCUCGCGGCAAAGGGUCCAAGAGUGGUGGGGUGGAUUGGGAGAAAUGAGAGCAAAAAAGCUGAGAGAAGACGGCGGUUUUACCGUGAUUACUGGUCUAGGCCGCCAUAGUGCCAGUGGCGUGUCACAGAUGCGGCAGGCUGUCGCAGCGGCCUUGCUGCAGGAUGGAUGGAAGCUGAGCGUCGAGACGGGGAGGUUCGUGGUUACCGGGCGAAGAUAG